GUAAAAUAUCAAUAUUUACCCUCCAAGUAACAAACAUUUUUUCACAUACAGGUUGAUAUCCAGAUCCAAGACCAAUCCAAGAUAUCAACAUGGAUAAGUUCCGUAUGAUGGCCCAGAUUCUCCAGUCCAACCAAGAGUCUUUUAUGAAUGGCAUUUGUGGCGUCAUGGCACUGGCGAGUGCUCAGCUCUACACGUCUUUUGAAUUCAACUGUCCCUGUAUCCCUGAAUACAACUACUCAUACGGGAUCAGUAUGCUAGUUAUUCCACCUAUAUGGUUCUUUCUUUUGGGAUUUGUACUAAACAACAAUAUCUCGAUGCUGGCAGAGGAGUGGAAACGGCCGGUGGGACUGAGGAGGAAGGACCCUGCAGUCAUUCGUUACAUGUGUGUGUCCAUAUCCCAGCGUUCGCUCAUCGCACCAGCCGUUUGGAUAUCAGUGACUCUGAUGGAUGGUAAAAGCUUCCUGUGUGCCUACAGUAUGGACCUGGAUAUGUCAGAAUUUGGCAAGAAUGUAAGUGGACAUGGAUUGUCUCAGGAGCAACUCUUACGAACACUGGCCAAAAUACCAUGCAAGCAUAUAUAUGAUGGCCAGCACAUCCUAUCGAGAGAGGCCGCCACCAGAUACAUAUUGUGUAUUUCACAGGCUUUUGGAUGGUUAUUCUUGAUGAUCAUCACAAUCGCUGCAUUUCUGAUCAGAGCCAUUCGUCCCUGCUUCACUCAGGCGGCCUUUCUCAAAACCAAAUACUGGUCCCACUAUGUAGACACAGAGCGCAAGAUGUUUGAUGAGACUUGUACAGAACAUGCUAAAAGUUUUGCCAAGAUCUGCAUCAAACAAUACUUUGAGGAUGUUAGCGGUGAGAUUCAAAGCUUUCAUGAUCAUCCACGUGGAGAUGAUAGCGACGAUGAGGACGAUAAACCUGACACAGAAGAAGACAAACUGUUGGGCGUUCGGCGUCAAGACACCAUGAAUAAGGUGCUGUGGGACUGGCACACGUGCAAACCUCCGCUGAGUCUGAGAAAGUAUGGAGAUGCUCGCACUGAACAAAAUGGCGAUUGUAGCAUGAAUGCUAAUAAAAAUCAAGACCAAAAUAUCUGUGAUAAAACUGAACUUAUUAAGGGACAAAAUGUCUUAAAAUGCGGUUAUGUGAAUCCUGGCCUUGAUAUCGGCCAAAGCAAUUUAGACAAGGGAUAUGAGAAUGCUAGCUUUAGCAUAGAACAAAAUGGUUUUAUGAAUACACGUAGCAAUGCUAGCACAAGCUUUAAUGGACUGAUGAAUGGUGGUGUUUCUUCUCCAUGCAAUCCUCAAAGAAAAACAUGGGCUGUGUAUUAUAGCAAGGUUUGAGAUAUAUUUAUGUCACAUCUCACUAGAAAUCCUAUUAUAUUGCUUUUCUAAUGUAUGUUGUCUUAACCAUCAAAAUA